CCACUCUGUUGAUCAAUCCAAUUUGUGGUUUGACUGACAACCAUGACAGAUGACUUUAUAUAGCAUUUUUAUUAUAAGUUUUAUAUUAUUUUACUCGAAUACAAUUGAAACUAUGAAGAAUAUUAAUUUGGCAACACAUUUGUAUUUAGAUACUAUUUUUCCAUCGGGCACAGGUCUCAUCUUCGUGUUCACUGUGAACAACUCAGCCGAAGAUGAUGCGAACGUUGAGCUAUCAGGAGACAGAUGCUGUCUCUCAAUUGGUUCAGAUAAUAAAUGUGAUCUUUUAGAAGUCAUUGGGACAUGCAUCGAAAGAAUUCCUAGAGGUACAGCCAAAACUAUGAGAUUGGUCGCUCCAAUAUUGGACCCUUUCGAAAGAGUCGGUCAUUGCUGGUUCAAUCUGGAUUCCAAAUCUUCUAGAAAAAGAAAAAAAACUAUGAGGAACCGACUAAAAAUAAACUUUGACACAAAAAUCGAUAAUAAAGACCAAGCUAUGAUUAUACCUAGGAAUGUUAGAAAUUGUGAUGAAAUAGAUGAAGACCCUUUGAAUGAUUGUCAGUUUGUUGAUUGUGAUACUUAUUAUAAUGGAAAGAAACCGUAUUUUAAUAAGAAAUCGAGAAAAUGCACCGAAACGCCCGAAUGUGUAUAUAACGACGAUGAAACUCAAAUGGUUUUGGAUACAGUAUCGAAUAAAUGUCUAGAAACGGAUCUGAAGAAAGAGGACUUGGAUUUCAUUAAACAUUUGAUUGACAUCAAACAGCGUACUUCAAAAGAUAUUAUUAUCAUUAAAAACCCAAACACGGCCACUACUCAUCGCACUUAUAAACCCAUCAAAUAUCAUGGUACUACAAAAUAUAAGAAUAUCUUUAAAUUACUCACGUUACCUACAGAGCAGACUGUGACACACAGAACAACGACAACAAAAGAUUUAGCAGACUAUCAUAUGAACGCUAAAGAUAAUCUAAAUUUAGUGCUACACGAAGCAUCAAUUAAACUUACUUGUUUAAAUAACUUAUUCAAAAGACUUUCGGUUCAUAUUCUAGCAUUUAUAAUUCUGGUACAGUGCUGUUGUAUAGUUGCAAUGAUAUGUCUCAUCCCAAAACCCUGCACGUGUGCCAAUAAGAAAGUUGUCAAAAAUUUCCUAAACUAUCGUCAAGAUGUUUCUGUGACUACUCCUCUAAUUGAUACAAGUAAUAUGGAUACAGAAACAACAAAUUAUACUAGUGAAUCUAAUGUAGAUAAAAAGAUACGCUGCUACAAAGCAUGUCAGAAAGAAGUCAAUGUACAAAUGAGUUUGUCCGAUGAUAUCCUAUCAAAAUGUAUUACAAGAAGAGAUUGGCACAGUAAACAUCUAAAAUAUACACCUGAUAAACACAAAACAAAGUCUGAUAUCUGUAAAAUACAAGAGAAAUCCGAACACGAAGAUGAUUCCAAUGUAGCUGAGGAAAAAGUGAAAAAUGUUGUUAACAACAAAGUGCUUAUAAAAAAAGAAACUGACAGUAAAGAGAGAGAGAGGAAAAGCGCCCUACGCAAAAGUAUAUUUCGGAAACUUGAAACGAAGAGUGAUUCGGGGGAGGGAUCACCGAAAUGCGGUUCUUCUGAAAAAGAGAUCUCAAGCCAUUUUUACACAGAGGAGCUUAAAGAUUCGUUCACGUGCACUGACAAUACCAAAAUUUGUGAAGGUUUUAAACCAAACGAUGCACAGAAACACGCGUAUUCGAUGUCCACGGAGAAGGGAGCUCAAGUUGAGUUUUCAAACGAUUCUAUCGACGAUUUUCUGUCUGAGAGAGGAAUGAUAUACGUAGCCGGAGAUAACAUGUCUAAAUUCUCAUUCUCAUCGUCGUCUGAAGCGAAGCCUACGUCACAUUCGACCGGAACAAGUAAGACGUCAAAAAACAAUCUUGUGAAGAAUAUUUUCUCGAUUUUCCGUAAGAAUUCUAAAGUUGGCCCUCUAUCGGAUCCUGGUGCUAAAAAAAGCGGGUUGAACGUUGAAUUACUACACAUGUCCCAUGCUUCAAUAUAUUCUUCAAGUAAUAAUGGUUCAGAGUAUUUCAGAUGUUUAAAGAAAAUGAAAGAUUCUAGAACGUCUUUGUAAUUUAGUUGUACUUUCAUAGAUUUAUUGAUUAGAUAAUUUUUAUUUUAAUUGCAACGGAUGCUUUUUUUUUAAAUUGAUUCGACCGAUUUUUUGCGUAGUCACACCAUACCGUCCCAUGGAAGUCGUGUGAAGCGGCUAAGAGACACAAAGCCUAGACAACUGAUAUGAAACAAUAGCAUUCCCAAGGAGGGUUGACGUCAAACAGGCGGCCGGUUGUAAAAUCACAAACAUUAGGUACAUAAAUGUUCAUCUGUUUGAUGUACCUAUACUGUACUGACCUGUGCGAGCCUGAUUCUCAAGCAAGCCGAAGAUUUUAUGCAAACGAUUCUUGUGUUCGAUUGAAUGCAGAAAUCUGUGAAUGCAGAAACUAUGUUAAAAUCUUCAACUUCAACAGAGAAAAUUAUGUUCUAUUGCAUGAGAAUUGGCCGCAUGAGCAUUUAUUUUCAGUUUCUGUCUGUUCUAAGCUCGUUCCUAUAUUCGUCUGGAUUGCACACACGACACAAGCCCACUGAGUAUUGCCAAUUUAUUAAAAAAAUAACUUACAACUACAAUAUUUUAUUGUGAAAUGCUAUAAAAUAUAAAUUUCGACAUUUUAUCGCAUUGAAAAAUAAAUUCGAUAAUCAGUAUUCUUCAAUACUAACGUGGCAAAACAUUUUCGAACAAUAUGAAAUUAUAUUUUGUAUUUUUACUUGUGAUUUCUCUGGUAUAUGCUUUGCCUAGACCACAAGAUGACCCACCACCCGAAGAAGGAGGUGAUGCUCCUGCACCACCCCCAGACGAUGUAAGUAGUAUUUUUAAACUAGAUACGAACACAGACAUAAGAAUUACAAAUGUAAUGUACUUACAUCUGUGCUACGAACUUUCAUAGUCCUGAUAAAGUUAAAACUGGGGUCCCGAAGCCGAAAAAAUAAUUGGUGACUUAUCGGCACGCCUCUUCGAGACAACAGGUGACCGCAGAGCUGGCAGCUUCCUGGCUCAAAUGAUCAGCGUUAUAAUUCAAAGAGGAAAACGCUGCUAGCAUUCUGGGCACUGUGUCUGGAGGAGACGUGUUACACGAAAUUUUUAGCUUGUGGAAUAUUAAAUUGUAACAAAUGAAUUGUAAUUCUAAAGUAAAUAUUAAAAAAAUAAAUAAAUAAAAAUAGAGAUGUUAAUAUUAGUUAAAAAAUAUUUUAUUAUCAUUUCCUACAAAAUGUCAUUAAAGUACAUUUUGCUGUAAUUGUUGGAUGAAAUGAAACGCAACCAACCAGUAGUAGUAUCUGUUUAUCUAUGACUGAAUGUCUAUUGCCAUCUGUCACUUUGUAGCGUUCGUUUUGCCGCCAAUAAAAUUUCAAGUUGUCCGAAAA